GAUAAUAUUUUGGAAACAAAAUUUCAAGUUAAAAAUAAAUUUGAUUUUUCUUAUCUUCAUUAGUGACGUCAGUCGGAUAAAAGUUUGAAAAAAAUACAUGAAUAUUCCUAUUUAAACAAGCCCGCAUUUCAGUUUCGUUUGAGAUUCAAGUGGUUAAAGUUUUGUAUUUUGGUGAAUUGUUAAAACUACUACAAUGAUUUUCUCAGUGCUGUACAUGUUCAUCACAUUGAAUAUUAUUUUCAUUACAGGUCUAAAAAUUGACAUGAACAGAGAAUAUUUUUACCACGGCAAGGAUUUAUUUUGUGCACAACUCCAGUGUACAGAAAACAUAAGAGAAGACACUCAGAUAUUAGCUCUUGUCAACAUGUCAGCCUAUAGGAUCAGUGAACCAGAGGGGAAGAUUUUUGUAGCGUCUAUUUCAGAAUCAGAUUCAAAGCUUCAAGAUUAUAAAAGGGCUGGAACAAGAGUAGAUGGAAAAAUAUCGAAAACAUUUUCCGAAUUGGAAGUUUUUUUAGCAAAUAGUUCAGACUGCAAUGAUGGCAUUUUCUUAUGUGAAAUACAUUAUGUAAAUACAACAGGAUCUAUUGACAGAAUUGGGAAACAGACGGAGAGUUUAAUAAGGAAAUCAAGUGACACAUUUCUAAUGAUGAACUUGAAAGCUAAAACAUCUGACUAUGUUAAAUCUGUUGACACAAUGGCCGACUUUCUCAAAUCGUUUGAAGACCCAGACAGACUGAAAGGUGCAGACAUGACAAUGUCAUUACAGAUGUCACAUUCUGGUGGCGAUAAAUUCAGAACAGACAAAACUUUUGGUCAAACAGAUACAGAGCCAAAUAACAGUUAUAAACAGAUCAGUUCAUCUACAUUUGAGGACAUGUUGGAAGAUAAGAUAAAGAAUUUAACCCUUGAUGUAAACAAAACAUUACAGAUGACGGAACACAAACUGAGUUCGAAGACAGAGUUAAACAAAAAUAGUUUGGCUGUUUUAAACGAAUCAAUUCAAACAAUGUUAGCCAACACACAGAACCAAUCAGAGCAACUUAGCAUCAGAUUAAAUGAGAUGGAAACAAAUAUAAAGAAAACUAUCACACAAGAGAAUAUCAAUACAACAUUAAAUUUGGUAGCCGGUCUCAACAAAACUCUACAAGGUUUUAUAGACGAGUACUACGAUAAUCCAAUGAACUUAAAAUUGACAAAACAGUGUGUCAGGAACGAUGACUCAAGUCUCCCAGAACAAAUGGCUUUUAAACUGGAUAAAAGAAAACUGGUCUUGUGUGAUACAAAAACUGAUGGCGGGGGAUGGAUUAUAGUACAGAGACGCGUAGCAGGUGAUGUGAGUUUCACCAGAAACUGGAGCGACUACAAAAAUGGUUUUGGAUCUUUGGCUGGAGAUUACUGGCUAGGAAAUGACUGGAUCUCAAGCCUCACACAAAACGGUUAUACUGAACUGAGGUUUGACAUGAAAUAUAAAGGUAAAUCCUACUACACCGUGUACAGUAAUGUGACGGUGGGAAAUGAAGCAGAUUUGUAUAGGAUAAAGUUUACAUUCAAGACAGGCAACGCUACAGACAACUUUAGUGAACACAAUGGAAUGGCUUUUUCUACUGUCGAUAGAGACAACGAUGGAUAUUCUGAUCACUGUGCUGAGAGAUGGAGAGGCGGCUGGUGGUAUAAAUCAUGUCAUUAUGUGAACGUAAACGGUGUGUGGGCGAGUAAAACUAAUGGUCAAGGCAUUAUCUGGUACGGUAUAUCAACACAUGAUAAUUCUCUGGAGCACGUUGAGAUGAAACUACGCCGGCCAUGAUUAUUUAAAACUAACUGGAAAACAAAACGUUGUAUUAACACUGACGGAUAAAUGACAAUAAUUACAAUAUUUUGCUGUCCUUACAGGUUCAGUUUUAUAUUCAUGUGUAUGUAUAUUUUAUGCAAUGACAACAAUUGCUUUGUGUUUAAUUUGAAAUCAACAAACAAAAAAAAAAACGUUUUCCCCUAACUAAUGACGCGCUGUCCACUGCUGAAUGAAAUUCUCUGUUGAUUAGAUGUUUGUUUUUGUAGC